GACCAAUGAGAAGCCAGGAUGCUGGAGCGCGUGUGUGUGUUGGUCGCGCGUGGGUUAAGGGUUGAAGCGAAGAAGACGCGUGAGCGAGGCGACCAGCUAGAAGAGUCCGCUCAGAUAGAGAGGAAGGAGCUGCCACUUGGUAAUGGACGCCAAUAAAGGUUUGGCAGGUAAAGGGGAUCAAGGGUUGCAAAAUCCAGGUGGGCAGAUGGAAAGACCUCCCAGCUUCCACAUCAUGGAAAGCAUGCUUCCCAAAGUAGUGAAGAGGAGAGUGCAUGCCUUGAAAAAGCUACAGGUGCAGUGUGCCAACAUAGAGGCUAAAUUCUACGAGGAGGUCCAUGAGCUAGAGAGGAAGUAUGCUGCCCUCUAUCAGCCACUGUUUGACAAGAGACGAGAUUUUGUCACAGGAACAGUGGAACCCACAGACGAAGAGAGUGAGUGGCACAGUGACAGAGAGGAAGAGGAGGAGCUAGCAGAGGAGGUAAAGGAAAAAGCUGCUAUUGAGGAUGCAAAGAAAGAGGAAGCCACGCCAGAGGAAGACCCAAAAGGCAUCCCUGAGUUCUGGCUCACCAUAUUCAAGAGUGUGGACAUGCUCAGUGACAUGCUACAGGAACACGAUGAGCCCAUCCUAAAGCACCUGAAAGAUAUUCAAGUCAAGUUUUCUGAGCCAGGACAGCCAAUGAGUUUCACGCUAGAGUUCCACUUUGAGCCCAAUGGUUACUUCAACAAUGCAGUCCUCACUAAAGUCUACAGGAUGAAGUCAGAGCCUGAUGCCUCAGAGCCUUUCUCAUUCGAGGGGCCGGAGAUCAUUGACUGUGAAGGCUGUCAGAUAGACUGGCAUAAGGGGAAGGAUGUGACUGUGAAAACUAUUAAGAAGAAGCAGAAGCAUAAAGGCCGUGGCACCGUCCGCACUGUUACCAAACAGGUCCCCAACGACUCGUUCUUCAACUUCUUUAACCCCGUCAAAGCUUCACCAGAUGGAGAAAUGGACGAAGACUCUGAGUUCACCCUAGCCACAGACUUUGAGAUUGGUCAUUUCUUCCGUGAGAGAAUAGUUCCCAGAGCGGUGCUGUAUUUCACCGGAGAGGCCCUGGAAGAUGACGAGAGUUUUGAAGAGGAGGAGCUGGAGGAGGGAGAUGAAGAGGAGCAAGAUGAGGAGGGUGAUGAUGACGAUGAUGAGGGAGACUUUGACCCCAAGGCAUAAUCAAUCAUUCUCACCCCAUGCAAUUUCUAGAAAGAACAGCCCCAGCCUGCCGAAUGCAAACAGCAGUAACCGUGGUGAUCAGGGGAGAUGGAGACCUGCUGUCCGUCAAAUCAGUUCUUAGCCAAUCAGCAAGUCCUCCUACUCUUGCAGGCCUCGCCCUUUUAUGAACUCAUCUGAACGCAAUAGAACGCAAACCAAACUGCGUUUUUACUAUGUGCAUGACUUCUUUUUCUUUUGUCUUGCGCCCAUCUCACCCUUUUUUUAUUUGGCUUCAUUCAAACUCAAAGCGGGAAGUGACUAUAAUUAAACUACCAUGGCAUCACAUAUGGGAAGGUGGAGUAGGUUACUACUGCCGAGAACCUCAGAACAUCAUCAUAUGGAUAAAAGAUAGGAAAGGAAUGGAUCCCAACUUUAGUUUUCAUGGAAAUAAAUCAGUUACUCAGGGUUUUUUAAUGCCAACAAGAGAAGUGCUAGUUUACCAGGAAACUGUUGAACAAGUCUGACUUAAUCUUUCACUGGGGUUGCUGAAGUGUUUUUUUCUUUUGUUAUGGUGUUUUUUAAGAGACAUACAAUGUAUCAUUUUGAAUUUAAUUUACUUUUUUUAAAUGUUCAUUGUCAUGUCAUUGGACUAUUUAUUCUGGUGUCAUGCAGCUGUAUGAAGUGGUGCAUUUCGGGAACUCUUAAGGCCCAGCUACAGUUAUAGGCUCGUUCUCAUUGGCUCAAAUCUUAUUUGGGCUUUGCAGGUCAACAAAACGUGAAUACUGCCAAGUCAUGUUUUUUGUUUUUUUAUUAUUGAAAAGCAUUUCGAACAUUGAAGAAUUGUGUUCCGCAUUAGUACUGCUCACUUCUUCCCAGCUCUAUUGGGCGUAACAAGCAUUUAAACUGAGCACUGGAGUGGACACGUAACACUAAUUAACAUCAUGUGACAGACAUUUGGUUAUAGCUCAAAACUGUCACGUAUAGCUCUUCCCUGUUUAACCCAUCAACCCUGAAAUGCUCUUUUGAGCUUGUGUCAACAAGGAUAAUGAGAACAAUUAAAGAACACAAGAUAUUUGAAAAAUAGAAAUUUCUCUCCACAUAGCCCAGCCCCAAGCAUUACAUCCAAUCUGGUGAAUAUUUCCCUAAAAUAUAACACAUUUAAGCAGACAACAGUGGCUGACCUGCAAUCUUUUUUUGGUUGUAAUCACUUCUGGUAUGUACGGUAGCUAGUUCUUAACAAAUGUCAUUUAAAGUCAGCGACGGGACAGGGUGCAGGAUGUUUGGAUCAAAUGUAAUUUCUGUUGCCAAGAAGCCAAAAUGAAAGACAAAACCACACCGUCCUCUUUUAUUCAAUUGUUUGCCAAUUGUCAUUAACACAUCUAAUCUAAUUCAGCGUUUAAAGUUGUUUAAGAAUAUAUAAAUAUUUCUGUUAUUGUCUAAUGAUUCAGUAGAAUGUCUGUGGAAAACAAAUGGAAGAGGUUUGCCAAUGUAUUUUAUAUACUGCACUUGUUUGGCCGUUCGGUUGGACACCUUUGCCUGGUGACUGGUCAGCGAUAGCAGUUGCAGCGAAAAAUAAUACCCACCCCCUUGUCUCUCUUUUUAAAAAGAACGAUUGUAGAUCUCGUUGGACAGAUCUCUCAGAGCCACGGUUGACAUCUUCAAAUCUACCACAUUGGACCGUGUGCUAGCAAUGGCCUUAACUGGUUCUUAUUCACAAUUUGUUACUUGCGCAAUAUUUCUUUUCAAUUUGUACAGAGUUAGUUAAAAUAUUCUAUUAAAGUUGUGCGACAUGGAAA